AUGAUGCGAAAUUAUCGUGUUGCGCUGUCCGUGCUUCUCCUGACACUUGCAUCAAAUUUGGUCCUGGCACAAGAAGUAAAAGACCAAGUCGAAAGCAGAGAUGUCCACACCAUCGAGCCCCGAGACUCCUUCAAAGUCUGGAACCGAGAGCGAAAUGCUCACGCCUGCAUCAUGUCCAUCGUCUUCAUCGUCCUCUACCCCCUCGGCGCAAUCUCCGUCCACCUCCCCAUUGACCAGAUCCCCUAUCUGCGCAACACCUAUCUCCAGAACAAAAUCAUGGCCAUGCACGUCCCGAUCCAGAUCCUUGCCUUCGUCAUGAUGGUCGGCGGCAUGGCCCUCGGCAUCAGAGUCGCUCAGUUCCUGGGGUUUAUCCAUGACCCUGUCCGGGCCCACGUCGUCAUAGGCCUCCUCACCGUGUGCACGAUCAUCCUCUUUCAGCCGGCCCUGGGCGUCUUGCAGCACAGACACUUCAAGAGAACCGGCGGCAAGAGCAAGUUUGCCUACAUCCACCGCUGGAUCGGACGAGGUGCCAUUAUCCUGGGCAUGAUCAACACGGGCCUGGGCUUUCAGCUGGCGAAGAAGAAUGUCAUCAUCCACAAUAAGACGUAUGUCAGGGAGUACGUGCUGCUCGGCAUACUGGUGACUGCGUGGGUGUUCUUCGUUCUGUACGAUGAGUUCAGGUUGCGCAGGAGAGUGGUGCCUGAUGGGGGCGAAAAGGGGGCGGCGCAACAGCAGGAGGCGAAGAGGUGA